AUGUCGUUCGAAGUCCAGAUGUGCGAGACGAUGACAGUGAUGGAGGUUGACGUUGCCGUUGUUGAGAACGAGGCAGACAUUCUCGCCCGGUAUACAUUGGCGAUACCGCUUUUUAACUUCCUUCUUGCCACCCUUCCCCGCGACGACGGUCCAUCGAUCCUCUCCACUGCGCUCACUGCACUGUAUCAAAUUGCGCACGCCGACUUCUUGUUUGUGCACCUGAACGACAUGCUAUCUGUCUUGCGAUUGUGGCCGGACGAUGUAUCUGCGAGUCUCAUCAUGAAUCUGCUAUAUCGAUUUGGAAGUAAUAACUGCUACCGCAACGUUGCGCUAUUCACCUUCGUCGGAGAAUUCGUAGUUAUUAGGCACGAUCGCCCCAGGCACGACGUCAAGUUCAUAGGCACGAUCGCCUUCAAGCACGACAGCAAGUUCACUGGCUACAUUGUAUCUUCUGGCGACACUGCUCUGGGAUCUGUGGCUUUGGUCUGUGGCAUUGGGCUGUAUCGUUCUCUGGAGGUGGCUUAG